GCUGAUCUCCAAAACCCAUGUACUGUUUUUGUAGCCAUUUGGGUUUGGCUAACUUUAUCAUCUUUCAAUCAGCACUACAAUCCAAUCAAUACCCACAUGACAAAAUUGCAUUCACGGAGAGAAAAGAAGAGAAAUAAAGCAAAUGAACUUGCAUUUGCAUAUGCAUACACAGAAUCUUAGGCCAAAGUUCUGUCCCUCUCUUUUGAUCCAUAUUUAAUUUCCACAAGUGGGGAAAGAAGGAAAAUUAGAGAGAGAGUUUUGUUUUGCCCUGGUCCAGGAAUCUGCUUUCUCUUUUUAUUUUGAUUUUGAUUUUGGGUCCCUCCCCCUUCAAACGCGGCCGCCAUUGAUGAGUAAAUCAAGCUCUGCAACUGCAGCUCCACCCCCAUCGGCGAAACCCACAUGGGUCCUCCCUUAUCGGACCCAACCCCUCACCGAUUUCUACACCCUCGGCAAGAAGCUGGGGCAGGGCCAAUUUGGCACCACUUUUCUGUGCACAGAGAACCGAAGCGGCUACAAAUUCGCCUGCAAGACCAUCCCCAAGCGGAAGCUUGUGUGCAAAGAGGACUAUGAGGAUGUUUGGAGGGAGAUUCAGAUAAUGCACCAUCUGUCUGAGCACCCCAAUAUUGUGAGAAUCAAGGGCACCUACGAGGACGCCAUAUCUGUGCACUUGGUGAUGGAGCUGUGUGAAGGGGGGGAGCUUUUUGAUAGGAUCGUUCAGAAGGGGCAUUACAGUGAGCGAGAGGCGGCCAAGCUUAUUGGGGUUAUUGUGAGUGUUUUGGAGUCUUGUCAUUCGCUUGGAGUCAUGCAUAGGGACCUUAAACCUGAGAAUUUUCUCUUCCAAAGUGUGGAGGAGGAUGCUGCUCUUAAGGCCACUGAUUUUGGCCUCUCUGUCUUCUACAAGCCAGGGGAAACUUUUUCUGACGUUGUCGGUAGUCCAUACUACGUUGCACCAGAUGUGCUACGCAAGCAUUAUGGACCCGAAGCCGAUGUUUGGAGUGCAGGAGUUAUCUUAUAUAUCCUACUAAGUGGGGUGCCUCCAUUUUGGGCAGAAACUGAAAUAGGGAUCUUCCGACAGAUAUUACAAGGACGACUAGAUUUUGAAUCAGAGCCGUGGCCUGGCAUCUCAGGGAGUGCAAAGGAUCUUAUACGAAAAAUGCUUGACCGGAAUCCGAAGAGAAGGCUAACUGCUCAUGAAGUCCUCUGUCAUCCAUGGAUUGUAGACGACAAAGUUGCCCCGGACAAACCUCUCGACUCGGCGGUAUUGUCGCGCCUGAAGCAGUUCUCUGCCAUGAAUAAACUGAAAAAAAUGGCUCUAAGAGUAAUUGCUGAAAGGCUUUCUGAAGAAGAAAUUGGGGGUUUGAAAGAGUUGUUCAAGAUGAUAGACACAGAUAACAGCGGGACGAUAACUUUUGACGAACUAAAGGAAGGAUUAAAACGUGUAGGCUCCGAACUUAUGGAGUCCGAGAUCAAGGAUCUAAUGGAUGCAGCAGACAUCGACAACAGUGGAACUAUCGACUAUGGUGAAUUCCUCGCUGCUACAAUUCAUUUGAACAAGUUGGAGCGAGAAGAGAAUUUGUUAUCGGCCUUCUCAUAUUUUGAUAAAGAUGGUAGUGGUUUCAUAACUAUCGACGAGCUUCAACUAGCCUGCAAAGAGUUUGGCUUGAGUGAUCUGCAUCUAGACGACAUGAUCAGUGAAAUCGACGAAGACAACGAUGGGCGUAUAGAUUAUAGCGAAUUCGCAGCGAUGAUGAGAAAAGGCAACGGAGGAGUUGGAAGGAGGACGAUGAGAGGGCCAAUGAGUUUAGGCGAUGCUCUCGGCCUAUCGACAAGUGCUAAUAACCAAUCUAUUGAUAAUCCUACCUGAGAUGCUUAAACAUUUUACUUGUCUGUAACUUGGAAUUUUCCAACAAGAGCUGUGAUCUUAUUUAUGGUUCCAUAAACUUAUCAACAAAAGAAAAACUAUCCCUUGCUGGAAAUUCUCCUUUGAGCAACAGAAAUUCAAAUGGAAGAUAUCAGAUCAUAACAGCUAA